AUGCUUCUAAAAGGUGUUUUAUUUUUCGCUCUUUGUGCACUCUUCCAAAUUGGUUCUGCUGCCAUUCGCGAGGCUCAAUCGGUCCGAGUACAAGGAUCUCUAACAUGCGAGGGACGACCGUAUCCGGGAGCAAAAGUAAAACUCUACGAUCAUGAUACUUUCACUCUGGAUGACAAAAUGGCUGAAACGGAGACCGACUCGAGAGGAUAUUUCGAUAUUUCAGGCACAGAAAACGAGCUCACACGACUCAAUGCAAAAUUCAAUAUCUAUCACAGAUGUCGAAAAACAGUUCCAAUUUGCUACUACAAAGCCUCUUUUGCAAUUCCAUAUGAUUAUGUGACAAGUGGACAACAAGCGUCAAAGAUCUUUGACGCUGGAACGAUUGAGCUAUCGAUUUUGAAGAAAGAUCGAGAUUGUAUUAAU